AUGGCGCGCCAACAGUCUCUCGAUUCAGAACGACCCAUCAUGACCAACUCCAAUCGAAACUCCAAGCGAUUCUCCACCAUCAGCGGAAGCCCAUCGCUCGCCGCCUCCGAGCGCACGAUCGGGAGUCUGCCCAGCAGCGACCCCAGAGUCGCUGACAUCCACCACCUUGGCGACGGCUUGGAGCGCCUCGAGAACAAGCCCCUCCAGGCUCAGCGCUUCGUGCCUACCACCGAAAAAUCCGACAACUUGAACAAGCUGGCCCUCGGCGCUAAGGUUGAGCGCGCUCUCGGGCGAAGGAUGACCGGUCAGGACGCCAUCAUGCGCAAGCCGCUGGACGAGAAAGUGGCGGCUGAGACUUCUACCUAA